UGAAACAUGUAGUUACUUAUUAACACAACUACUCGAAACACAACAAGGAACUUACCAGAUUUCCCUUUCAAAUUGUUUAGUUCAAACUGUUGUUACCUCGGAUACUUUUCAAUUUUGAUCACAAGUAUAUAAUAUAAGUCAAUAACCUCGGAUACUCUUCCACAAAUGGAUAUAGAAGCAGAGAUUUUGGAGCCAUUUCAACUCCAAUACUCAGAUCUUAUACACUUGUCUUCAACCUUUUCUGAUUAUUCAGAAGAAGAAAUUUCAAGGCUUGAUUCUAUCUCCAAAACUAUAUUAGAAACCCUAGGUCCUACCGGACCUGGUCUUCUUGUUGUUACUGGAGUUCCUCAAGGAUCACAACUUCGUCGUGAUCUUCUUCCAUUUGCUCGUCAACUUGCUCUUUUGAAUCAUCAUGAUCGUCGAAGAAUACUCAAGGACCAUGGCUUGGGCACUGACGUUUGUUUGAAGAACCCAGAUAGAGCAGUCUCCUCUUUUGUAUCUCAAUUAAAAUAUGCUCAGGAUACAAGUGUUAAUGUCAGUUCUAAUGAAUCAGUUGAGAAGUCGAAAAAGAAUUCAGAAUGGCAGAAAAAUGUGGAUAGUUUGUGUAGGUUCCGAGAUGAUAAAUUUAAGAAUGUGGGGAACAGUUUUAAGGAACUUGGGUUUUGCAUGAUGGACAUAGGACUCCAGCUAGCACGUGUGUGUGAUAAGGCCAUUGGUGGGAAGGAGCUAGAACAAAGCAUAUUGGAGUCGUGCACUGCAAAAGGACGCCUAGUACAUUAUCACUCAACUCUGGAUCACUUUCUCUUGAAAGAGGCUGCUAGAAAAGAAGUGUCUAGAAAAGGUAGAACCAACUGUGAAUUUCAACUUGGUGAGAAAUUAAAGGUUCACAGAGAGGAGGAUCAAACAUCGGUUAAGGCAUCUAAACUGAAAACAAGUGUAAAUGAAGCUACAUCCUGUCAAAUUUCUCUUUCUAACUUAUGGCAACAGUGGCAUUAUGACUACGGGAUUUUUACUAUUCUAACCUCUCCCAUGUUUAUGUCCUCCUAUCAAAUAUCAACAACAGAGGCAAGUGAGCAGGAGUAUUCACUGCCUGAUGGCCACGAUAGUUUACAAAUAUUUGAUGCAAACAAGAAUAAAAUCUAUGUGGUGAGAUCUCCACCUAAUAGUUUUCUUGUUCAGGUAGGGGAGUCAGCGGAUAUCCUAUCAAAAGGGAAGCUUCACUCAACCCUCCACUCUGUUUGUAAGCCUACAAAACAAGAUGACUUAAGCAGAGAGACAUUCGUUGUUUUCCUGCAACCAGCUUGGGACAAAAGGUUUUCUAUCUCUCAACUCCCUAUACAAUCCACAAUAUCUGAUUCUUUGAGAUCUAAUACCAAUGAACAGGAGCCAGAUAUACUAAGUCAAGAAAUACAUAAAAUUAUUCCAUCAUUGUCAUCACGCUUGAAGGAUGGGAUGACAUUUGCAGAAUUCUCCCAUCAAACGACGAAGCAGUAUUUUGGUGGCAAUGGUAUGCAGUCAAAGAGAAAGAGAGGCAAUAUUUCAAUGUCCAAUCAGAAGUUUCUCACGGGAGGAAAAGGGUAUGUAACAACAAGUGAAGAAGGAGGAGGAGAAGAAGAAGGAGAUGAUGCGAAAUUCAGUAACACCCUUGUGUAGAAACUAGUUGGUCUAAAUGAGUUCUGCGGGCGUUUCUUAAAGGAAGUCAUUUUGGAUGCAGAUAAUACGCAAAUCCCGUCGUUGGUGCCAAAUUGAAGAUUCUUCGAAUAGGAGUGAAAGACAUGUGAAUAUGUGAUUGUUUUCUAGUAGUUUUUAAAUUCUUGAGGUCCUAUUGUCUCUACUCUCUAGCUAAAUAGCUAAAUAGUAGAAUUAAUAAUUUGUGAAUAGUAAAUGGACAGAUCAAGGUGGGAGGGGUCAGGCUAUGAUUAAAUUAUAGUUGGAAGUAUUAACUACUCUAAAGUGGUUAUCAUGGGGAAGGACUCCAUUUGGACACCUAUGUUAUGUCAAAUUGUAAUAUAAUGAAUAUUAAAAUUAUGGUAAAAAGCUGGUAUCAUAGUUGAAAAGAA